AACAAGCCCACACCCCUAAAUCUAACCUACACUUUCACUCUAAAACCCCUCUUGUCUGAGGUGUCUAUUGGAAUUCGGGUGAACAAAACUCGCCUGAUCCAUAGGCUAAAUAUCUGAGUUCGCUCUUUAAUACGGCUCCGGAGAAAGAAAAGAGGUGAUCACCUUUGUACUCAAAGUCGUUACCUCCCCAGAGUUCUCUGAUGUCUGCCUCCCAGACUGAGGUUCCCGGCUUUGGCUUUUGCCCACGCGCAAUAACUCUGCGAUGGGGGGUCAGCAAGGCUCGACGGAUGGAAAGGGCUGUCGGGCAAGUGCUCACAUAGCAUCUAUAGAUGCUGAGCUUGGAAGAUCAUCUGAGGAGAGAAAGGACCGUCUUCCGCCGGUUGUCGUCGACGAUGAUGAUGAAUGACGCUGCAUAUAGUCGUCGGCGCAAGCAAAUACCAUCCCUCUCAUCUCUUCUAGCCAUCUUUCCUCAACCUCUGCGAAUUCUCCUCGUGCUAUUCCCUUUCUCACCAUCCCUUCCCAUCGUUUAUGCGUCCCUCUCCUGAUGGAACGAACAAAAAACGGUGACACGAUAUUUAAUGGCCAAGAUGCGGGCAUUGAUCCGAGGAUGGGAUAUAGCGGAAGAAGAUGAGGAAGGGUGUUUAGAAGUGUAGAUGCACAGUGAAGGGAAAGUGGUGUGCUGAAAUUGAUCUCAGCAUCAAUAUCGAAAUGAAAGGAAACGGCGAAACUCACCCAUCCUGCAUGUAAACAUCCAAGA